AUGGAAAAAAAGCUGGCUGCCACCAUACAAGCAUUAACUGGAACAUUAACCACUACCAUCAAUCACAGGAAAAGUGAAAUUGGAUUUUUGGGUGAACAGGGGAACGAUGACUCGAUGCGAAUCUGUUACCGGGUGAAUGGUCAGCCUAUGACUUGUGCUGCCAACACCAUGUGCUUCACAGCCUACGAGGAUUUCCGCAGAGCUGGCAAUGUGGUGGCCAAGGGAUGUAUGACCUACUUGUCGCCCGGGUGCGUGAAUUGCCCACAGAGUCUCAUGAAGCACUUCCCCACUGGCAACAAUGGGCCCGAGAAGCUGCCCAAGCUCUGCUGUUAUUGCGACUUUGACGGCUGCAACGCCGAGGGCAUCAAGUUCAGCAGCUCAAUAGCUGCUGGAUUAUGGGCAUCAUCGUAUCCAACAAAAGUCUUGGCAAAGGGCUGCAUGAAGCAUGAGUUUUUUGGCUGUGAAGGCUGCCCUCUAUCUCUGACAAACAAGUUUCCAUACAGCACUUUUCCCAAGGAUUGUUGCUUUUGUGACUGGGAUUUGUGCAAUGAUGGCAGACUCAGUGGAAGGCCUGGUCCUCCUCCUGCAAUGGAUCCUGAUCUUCAAUCUUUACCUCAGGAACUGGAAGGAUUCGCAAUUGCAAGAAUGGUGGGCUAUGCAGGAAUGACCCUGGGUUUCCUGGGUUAUUUGGCAGUUUCAGCCUUUUACAAAUGUCUGGCGUGUGCUGACGAAUGUCUGAAACCUUGUCCAGGGGAAAUUACUCUGGGAGACAAGGAUGACCAGAAAGCUGAAGACUACGAAGGAGAAUACGAGGAUGCAUGA